UGGUGGAGAGGGGGCGCACGCGCGCCAUCUGUUGAGAAUAAAUCAUACCAAUGUUUGUUUAUAACAAUCUGCACGUACGUUGUUCAUCAAAUAGUACAUCACUUCGCCAAGCGGAAAUCUUUCUUCAGGCGGAACAAAUUUCUGAAAGAUAUCUUAAAGACAUUCUAUUACCUUAGACUUCAUUCAAGCGUCUUUGAGAGGUCUUUUAGAAAUUUAUGCUGCCUGGGAAUAAAUGCUUGUCUUCAAUACGAACGCAGUCGAAAAGGAAGACACUAGAAAGUAUCGAGAAAAUAUAAUGCCGGGUUCUUCUUCCGAAGGCACCACGUUGAUGCAUCGUAACUGCUAUAACCUGCAAAGUAAAAACUGUCAGUCCGCACUACACUUUUAUAGUUCGUAAGUUCAAUACAAUUGAGAAUGUACAAACGCGUUGCAACCGGCGGCACGAUGGUGCUGGCGAGAAACCUAGGAUUCCUCAAGGAUCAUGCUUUCGCGAAGAUGGGAGUUCGGAUGUUCGGUUCGAUGUCUCAGAAUUCUCGCCACUCGCCGCUAACCCCAAUAAACACUAUCAUAAUGUUCGUUCCUCAACAGCAGGCAUGGAUCGUAGAACGAAUGGGCAAGUUUCAUAAAAUUUUAGAGCCUGGUCUGAACAUUCUGCUUCCCGUUAUCGAUAGAGUUAAGUAUGUGCAAAUAUUGAAGGAAUUAGCGAUAGAUGUACCACAACAAAGUGCAGUUACAUCAGACAAUGUUACCCUGAGUAUCGAUGCCGUGUUAUACUUGAGAGUAACGGACCCUUAUCUAGCAUCUUACGGCGUCGAGGACGCAGAAUUUGCUGUUAUCCAAGUGGCCCAAACUACCAUGCGAUCUGAACUAGGAAAGAUAUCGUUAGAUAAAGUGUUCAGGGAAAGGGAGGGAUUGAACGUUUCCAUAGUCGAGAGCAUCAAUAAAGCCAGCGGAGCUUGGGGUAUAACGUGUUUGCGAUAUGAAAUACGUGACAUAAGAUUACCACAAAGAGUUCAGGAAGCGAUGCAGAUGCAGGUAGAGGCCGAACGUAAGAAACGCGCUGCUGUAUUGGAGUCCGAAGGUGUCAGGGAGGCUGAGAUUAACGUGGCCGAAGGCAAACGUCUCGCACGAAUUUUAGCUUCAGAGGCUGCGAGGCAGGAACAAAUAAAUAAAGCUACCGGGGAAGCCGCAGCGGUAGUGGCGGUGGCGGAAGCGCGAGCGAAGGGAUUGCAGGUUGUCGCGAAUGCCCUCGGCGCGACGGACGCGAAGAACGCGGCGGCGCUCAACGUAGCGGAGCAAUAUGUUGGUGCGUUUAAAAAACUAGCCCAAACUAACAACACGUUGAUAUUACCGAGCAACGUGGGAGACGUGUCGACGUUUGUAGCACAGGCUAUGGCAAUUUACAAGCAAGUAAUGCCGGAACGUAGUAUCGACAAAGAGGAAGUCAAACAAUUGUCAAGCGAUUACGAGGCCGAGGCUUCGGUUAACGUGCCACAUUCUGACGAGGCUUACGAAUAUUACAGUGACAAAGAGGAGGCGGAGAAGAUUAGAAAGAAGGGAAAACAAAAGCCCCAAAUAUUAUAA